CACCAAAUGACAUGUGCCACAAAGGUCAUGCUGAUGCUUAAGACUUGCACAUACAUCCUAGUCUUCUGAAGACAGAAUGUUAUCUUUCUAUAACUCUAAUUGCCCCGAAUUUUUGAGCAACCCUGAGUAAUGUUAUGAACGGAAAACGCAUUGAUAUAUUUCCUCGGAUGUCCUAAGAUACAUGGUGAUAGAAGAAGAAAAGAACUUGGUUGGAAGAAUAUAUUACUUUAGAAAUCCUUGAGAUAGUAAAAAUAAUGCAGAGUUUACUUCGAAAUCAAUUGAUCUGCGCAUUUUUAAUGUAUAUCUGGCAUUUUAUACUUGCAAGCAUUGCUAUCAAUGAAAAAGUAGAUGGAAUUACUGUAUUAAAUCCUGCGCUUGCCACAGUUUGUUUUGCUAUGAAGAUACUACGUGAAAUGAAUCACUUCUUGUUAUUCCUACUGUCUCCUAGGAUCAACGAAACAGUGCAUCCAAGUUAUCAGUUGUCUAACACUAAGAAUAGAUGCAAUACUUCAAAAACUGAAUAGAAACAAUAAUAUACUUUUGAAAGAUCUUUUUUCAUUGUUUUACUACACCUGUUUUUAAGGCUUCAAUUAUAAAUGUUAACGUUGGCAAAGCUAAGGACGCUCCAAAAUUUUCUUUUGAGCUAGAGGACACUGUACCUUUCUAAUUAUCUUACCAAGUUUAAUAGCGUUCAAAACCUACAAAAAUCUAUAUCUUGAAAGAAGGUUCUCCGCGUAUCAAACAAAAAAAAAAAAGAACUCGAACGGGGUAGCAGUCAGCUAACUACUGGUAAUUACUGAGCAAAGCAUCGAAUGUCAAUGAAACCUCAAUUCCAUAUUGCCUAAAAGUUCAAUCAAAAUGAAG